AUGUCAAUCACUUAUUACAUAAUCAUUUCAAUUUUAUUUAAUUCUAUAUUAUUAACAUUGAAUAAUAAAAUUAUAAAUAAUCAACAUAAUCAAAAAUCAAUAAUAAUCAAUAAUAAUAAAUCAAUUUCAUUUAAUCAAUUAAUUGGUUAUUGGUUUAAUAAAGGAAUAAAAUAUCGAUUAUGUAAUCAAUUAUUAAUUAAUGAUUGUGAUAAAUUAUCUAUUCAACAAUUAUCAUUAGAUUAUAAUAAUAAUAAUAAUAAUAAUAAUAAUAAAUUGGAUUAUGAUAUAAUAAUGAAAAAAAUUAUUUGUAUAUUACAAAAAAUUAAUUGUCCUAUUAAUGAAAAAUCAUUUCAAAUUCAUGAUAUACCUUGUCAAUCAACAUGCCUAUCUCUUCUAUCUAUUUGUGGACAGUUACGUAAUGCACCUCAAUCAUUCUUUAUGAAUAUACCAUCUAGUUGUCCAAAUACUGUUCAAAUACAAACAUCACAAAAAAGAUGGAUUUAUGAAAAUAAUAAUUAUCAAACAACACUAUCUCCCAUCCGAUCAACUACACAUUAUAACACUUAUCAUAAUCGGCAUAAUUCUAAACGAUAUACUAGAUAUCCUAACUAUAUGACAUACAUAUCGCCGAGAUCAUUCCUUUCGGAAGAUCGUUAUGGAUAUGAUCACUAUAACAAUCCAAUAAACAGGAAUCGGUAUCCUCGUCAAAUUAAUAUGAACACUGAUCUAUUCCAUAGUCCUAAUCAAUAUUAUACAGUUGAUUCAAAACGAUCUAUUGAAUAUUCUAAUAAUCAAAAUUUAAAAAAAAUGCAUUUACCAUUUACUCCAACUCAACGUAAAUUACCACUUAUAGAAGAGGAUUGUUUAUUAUUACCACCAGGAGGUUGUGAUAAUUGGAUGGAUCCUUCAACUAAUUUACAACAUUUAAAAGCACCUAAUUAUAGAGAAUAUUUAAAAUUAAAUCUUGGCUGUCCAAAGGAUAUUCCUGAAACAUGUAAUUCAAUGUUUCCUACAUUAUAUACAAGAAGUAAAUGGAUCAAAUCAAAUUUUACUGUGUCUGCUGUCAUACGUAUAUCUGGUACAUUAUGGUGGUUUGGUAAAAAUGAUCGUUUUCAACCAUUAUUCCGUUUUCAUAUAUUAAAAACUUAUGAUUCCGAUAUACAUCCAUAUGAUGAAAAAAUGAUAUUAACUUAUUCAUGGCCAUUACAAUGUAUAUGUAUAGAUGAAAUUAUAGUUGGUAAAAAAUAUUUAAUGUUAACUCAUUCAUUUAAAUCAAGACAAACAUUACAUAUUACAAAAGAUACAGUGUUUCUAUCACGUGUACGACGUUAUACGAGGAAAUUGGCGUGUUGGAAAGGUGCAUGCACAUUAAGAUCUAGUCGAAAUCGUAGACGAAGUUAUAAUUUACAAUCAAAUAUUAAACUAUUCAAUAAUCAUAAUGAUAAAAAAUUAAAAUAAAAAAAAAAAAACAUAAACUAUAUUCUCUUCAUGAAAAAAAAAUAAAUAAAAAGAAUCACCUCCCCCUCUCACCAACUACCCACCCACCCACCAUUAACAUUUCUAUUAAAAACUCUUAUAAUAAACAAUCGAUUAUUUAAUCGAAUUCAUAAUUUCCAUGGUUACUGAUCAUGAUAUGAAAUUUCCUUUUUUUUUAAAUAUUAAUUAUUUAUUCAUUGUUUACAUGAACAUGGAUACUCUAUUUAAGAGAAUUAUAUAUAUAUAUAUAUUAUGUAAUAAGAGUUGUCUAUAAUCAAAUAUAAUUUCAUUGGUAUACUGCAAACAUUAUUGUUUUGUUAUUUGAUUCUUAUGAUGAUAAGAAUGAUUUAAUGAUAAUGACUUCUUCUUUGAUUUUGUUUGCUUGAAUCUUCUCAUUGAUGAAAUGUACAUUCUAGAUUGUACUACUUGACAACAUCCAUCUCUAUUUAUAAUGACUUUAAUUUCUUGUUAUAGUGUUAUAUUGAUUGAGUGAGUGCCCUGUUUAAUAUAUGACGUGAUGAUUCUCAUCAAUUACAGAGGAGUGAAUUUAUUGAUCAGAGCAAUGAUACACAAAAAGUUGUAUGAACAGUCUUGAGUACAUUUCAAUCCUGCUAUCUGCCUAGUUCAGCCAGUUAAGUCCAGAACAUCAAUAACAGCCUUUGC